AUGGUGAAUGUUUUGUUUGUAGGUGCAAUUCUGUUGAGCCUUUUUGGUUCAAAUGUUGAAGGGUUGGGUGUGAAUUGGGGUACAAAAGCUUACCACCAAUUACCACCCGAAAAAGUGGUUCAAAUGUUGAAAGAUAAUGAAAUUGAGAAGGUGAAGUUGUUCGAUGCCGAUGAAAACGUACUAAACACCUUCGCGGAAACAAAUAUUGAGGUCAUGGUGGCUGUCAAGAAUUCUGAACUCGAGGAAAUGACCAAUAAGACCAAAGCCAAGCAUUGGGUCAAGGACAAUGUUGUCAAACACAUUGAUCAUAAUGUCAAAAUAACGAUGGUAGCGGUUGGUAACGAGCCAUUUCGAGAGGAUUAUGAGAAUAUGUAUAUCAACUCAACACUUCUGGCCCUAGAGAAUAUUCAAAGAGCCCUUGAUAAGUUGAGCUUAGGAGACAGGAUCAAGGCCUCAGUUCCAUUCAAUGAGGAUAUUUAUAUGACCCCACCAUGGAAGCCAUUUCCAUCUGCAGGGAUUUUUCGUCCUGAAAUUUCCGACCAAGUUGAAGAUAUAGCCGAUUUCCUAGCUAAGCAUAAUGCUCCAUUUAUUGUCAAUAUUUAUCCGUUUACGAGUGUUGCCUUGUCAGAUGACAGUUAUCCAAGCGAUUUUGCUUUUUUUGACGGUAACGUUGGUAUCACAGAUGAUAACAUCGACUACACUAAUGUGUUCGAUGCGAGUUAUGACACUUGUGUGUCAGCUCUAAAACAAGUCGGUCAUGAGAACAUGACUAUUAUAGUUGGGGAGAUAGGUUGGCCCACAGAUGGAAACGUAUUGGCCAACAAAACCCUGGCUUCAAGAUUUUAUAAAGGGCUUUUACCACGAUUAGCAGCCAAAGAAGGGACGCCUUUACGUCCUGGGCACAUUGAAGUGUACCUUUUCGAACUGCUUGAUGAAGAUGCAAAAAGCAUACUUCCCGGGAACUUCGAGCGACAUUGGGGUAUCUUUGACUAUGCAGGUCAACCGAAGUUCAAUAUGAGCUUAAAUGGAAAAGACGAAAACAAAACGUUGAUAGGAGUCAAAGACGUCGAAUAUCAAUCUAAGAAGUGGUGUGUUUUGAAGGCACAAAAGUCUUUGGACAAACACAAACUCCAUGAGAGCUUGUUGUAUGCUUGUGAUAAUGCUGAUUGUAGUGCCUUCGCUGAAGGUGGAUCCUGUAGUGGUCUUAGUAGUCCUGAUAAAACAUCUUACGCCUUGAAUGCUUAUUUUCAAGCAUCAAACCAAUCAAAAGAUAGUUGUGAUUUUGGAGGUUUGGCUACUGAAGUUGAGACUGAUCCUUCUAAGGGUUAUUGCAAGUUCAAUAUUCAGAUUGUGCCUUAUGAUCCUAAAGAUUCAUGGACAAGAUUCAAAUCAUGGUUCUCAUCGUCACACAUCACCCGUGCACCACCGGUUGCUUUCACAAGUUUGGCCCUUUUGGCUAUGGUUUCCUUGUUUUUCUUUUAGAGUUUGAAACGAUUUAUUUAUUGAUUUAUUACACGAGCAAAUAAACAAGAAAAUAAUUGUAAUGUUUUCCGGCUUGAUUAAUCUUUAGGUCCUUAUAUUUAUUAUUUCAUAAAAUAAUGUAGACAAGUUUAAUCGAUGUCUAUGUA